AUGGAAGCCACACCGUUGCAGAAGGGGCCCGGUGUUAAUGCAGCAGUGUUCACCAGAUCGAGGUCCAUGCAACGUGGCCUCAGACACUGGGAGCUGGGGGGUUUAGCCCAGUGCUCCAGAGAAUCGGAACUGUUGGACAGAGUAUCCAUCCCAAAGCAAUCCAGUGUCAACCUGCAAACCAGAUUCAGCACAUGGACGCUGGUGAUACACAAGGCAGCCAAUCAGCAGCUGUUUGAUGAGAGAGUGACACUUGUAGGUCAUUGGUUUGACCUGUGGACUGACAAGCAGAGGAAGUGGUUUAUACACAGUAUUUUAAUGCGCUGCAGCAAGUCACAACUCAAGUUUACCCGGGACUGGUUCACCGAGACCAUCCUGGUAGACAAGGUGGAUUUCACCACUGUUCUGCCACGCUUCCUGUCCCUCUACAUCUUCUCGUUCCUGGGUCCCAGACAGCUCUGCUCAGCCUCUCAAGUCAAUUGGCACUGGCGAUUCCUGACUGAACAGGACUGUCUGUGGAUGCCCAAGUGCGUGAAGCACGGCUGGUUUCUGCCCUACCGCCCACCGGAGUACGAGUACGGGGCGUGGAAGCGGCACUACGUCACCUGUGACUGCAGCCUGGACUACCUCACGCCAGCGGAGGUGGCCAAGGUGUACAGGGUCAUCGCCGAACCCAACCAGGUGACAGAGGAGCGGCAGGACAGGUGGAAUGAGAGGUUGUUGAGGAGAUGGAUCCGGGAGCGACUAACGCGGCAGAAAAGGGAAUCGCUGUGCUCCCGAUCCCCCUGGCUGAGUGGGAAGUGGACUGCCCGCUGGCACAACACAAGACCAAGUCACAGUCUGACCCGUACACGUCUGGAGCGGCCCAGGGAGAGCGGCACAUCACACUGGCUGACGCUGCUGAGUGAGGAGAGCACGCCCUCAGCCUCCUGCAGCCUGGUGCUGGAGAAGCAGCGCGUGUUGGGAUCGCUGAAAACACUGCACACAGGGAAGAACCUCACUGGGGGCGGUCCCUACCCAACGUUGUCCCACAGCAAGGCUGCCGUGCCAGAGGACAGUAGCUCGAACCACCCCCGAGUGGUCCUCAUUUCGUCCAGGAUCCCAGCGUGGGAGGUGGCCCUGGACUGCGUGAGGAUCGACGUGAUCCCUGUAGUGUAUGAGCACUGCGGAACGAUGCUGGACAGCCUCCUGUUUCGAGUGGAGCAUGCUCUGAGAGACCGGAGAGCAGGGAGCAUUGGGAUACUUGCCGAGGGAGACCCAAUGGAGGUGGAUUUGGUCCAAGGUUGCAAGAUCAGUUCAAAGAAUCUUCCAGAUGCUAAGAUAAGAGGAUUCUGGGAGAAUCUGGCCAGUUGUGUCCUGUCACAAGAAGAAGGAGGCCACAUCCACAUCUUUGUGCCUUUGGCUACAUCAGAGGCAGGAAUGGAGCUCUUGUCCCAGCUCUCUGCUCUGACUGCUGUGUGCUACAACACACCUACAGGGAUGGUGACGGGAUCCUACCAACACAUUCUCAGCGAGUGGCUGUGGGCAGACGAGGACCUCUCUCCCCCGGCCAUCUACUUCAAUGAGAGAAAGCUGCAGGUGUGGACGAGGAUGGCAGGAGUGAGGGAGGAAGUCCUCAGGCACGUCCGCAAGGCAAUGGAACCGCACUGCAGACAUCUGCAGUGGCACGUCUGUGGGAGGAUGAUUGGACAGCUGAUGUUUGACUCAAUGAGUGCAGCUGAGGUCCAGCAAAGCCAGGAGAUUGCUCAAGCUUUAACUGAAGGACUGAUCAAAAUGUCAAGGGAAAAACAGGAGGACCCUCUAGGAUUUCUCUCCAACUUCCUGAUGAGCAGAUUUAAUGCUGGGAUGACCCCACUGAAGGAAAGUGUCACGUCAGAAAACGGAGGCAUGAAACAUGCCUCCAGGAAACUUCUACCUAGUGAGGGAGUAUUUGAGAAGCUGACCCACCUGAACAGGAGAGUACUUGGUGGUGUUGUGGAGAGGCGGAAGCAGUUGGCCAAGGAGGCUUUGACCAGCGAGCGAGAGUACGUGCAGACCCUGGAGAUCGUGAAGAACAUUUACUGGGCUCCGCUCAAAGCGGCUCUGGCUUCCAACCGAGCCAUCCUGAGCAUCGCCAACAUCCACAGCAUCUUUGCUGACAUCCUGUCCAUCCUGGAUCUCAACAGGGGUUUAUUGGAGGACCUGACCGAUCGCCUCCAGGACUGGGGCCCUCCGCAGUGCCUUGGAGACGUCUUCAUCAAGUUCAGAAACAGACUCGGGGUUUACACCAACUACUUCAACAACUAUGGCGCCAUCCUGAAGACCAUCGAUAAGUGCUGAGAAACUAUCCCAGGUUUCCGCGCCUUCCUGACCAGGCACGAACAAACUCCAGUGACCAAAAUGCUGAGCCUUCAUGAAAUCCUGCUGAUGCCCAGCACCCGGUUUGAGGAGAACACGGCGCUGUUGCACGCUUUGCGGCUGAACACUCCCACCGAGCACACGGAUCACCAUGACCUCACUACUGCCAUCACCGGUCUGAAAUGCUUUCGGGAUUAUAUCCGAGAGAUCCUUCUGGAGGGGAACAGAUAUCUGAUCCAAGUUCGAGAAGUGGCUCAGAUGAGCAGCCCUGAUGAAAAGAUCUGUGCUACUUUGAGUACUUCUCCAUCGGAACGAUCCAAGCUUGUGAGAGGGUUUGAGUACAUUAGUGACCUGAGCCUCUUCCUUUUCAAUGAUGCCCUUCUUUUUGCCUCAAGAAGGGUUUCUCAUCUGCCCUUUGAACGAAAUCCGAAGACAUCGCAGAUUCCAAAUGUACAAUGGCCAAAAUGGCAUUGGAUUUGUGCAUCAGAGAGAGAGGAAGACAAAAUCAUCUGGCUGUCCACAUUAGAAAGUGCCAUUCACGCUGCAGUUGAGGAGACCUGA